UAGUAUUCAUUCGAACGCGGUGCGGUGUGGACGUGUGAAAAAUUUCAGCAGAAAUUGUUUUGUCUGUUAAACUGUGAUAUUAUUUCUAAGUUAUUUAAAACGCUAAAAUGUCGAUCCACAUCAAGGACUCCGAUGACCUGAAGACCAGGCUGGCCGAGGCCGGUGAGAAGCUGGUGGUGAUCGACUUCAUGGCGACCUGGUGCGGUCCCUGCAAGAUGAUCGGGCCCAAACUAGACGAGAUGGCGGCUGAGAUGGCUGACUCUAUCGUCGUUCUUAAGGUCGAUGUCGACGAAUGCGAGGACAUUGCGACCGAGUACAACAUCAACACGAUGCCCACCUUUGUGUUCGUCAAGAGCAGCAAGAAAAUCGAAGAGUUCUCAGGAGCCAACGUUGACAAGCUCAGGAACACCAUCAUCAAGCUGAAGUAGACCAGGAAACACAUUUUGUACGCUAGCCCCAACCCCGCGCGGAAAACCUCACAGUACGCAUUUAGAAGGCAUUCCUACAAUGAAAUUAUAUUUAUGUAUCGAUUUAAAUCGGCAUGUUUAGUUGCUGGUUGACUAAAAUAUACCUGUGUACGUAAAAUAGUAGUCGAUAGACUAACGAAACAUACGUCGAUGCGUGCGGACGGCUUCCUGCCCCAAUAUUGUUAUGACAUAGAUCCCGUCCGUUUACUUUAGGCGCCAAAUCACCGGCAACUCUUUACUCUGUAAGGUUUUCCGUUGAGGGUCGUUCGAGCAGCUGAUUGAGCACACGACACUGCGUCAUAUAAUUUCUCAGCCAUCGGAAGGAUCACAAUUUUUGUUUUAAGUUUUUUUUUAAAGCAUAGACGUAUUUUUGUAAUGCAAUAGUGUAUUAGCACUAAUCUGUGUGCCUCUGUUAAUUAGCACGUUUCUGCGUUGGUUAUGCGUACAAAAUCGUAUUAUAUUUUCGUAUUUUUUGCCGUGUAAUUUUCAUUAUAUGUAUGUUACAGAGUAUAGUUACUUGAAUAAAAUAUUGUCUAAAACA